AUGAUGCGGUUAAGAGCAGUUUGGGCCCGAGCGGUGGGAGCGUUGGCGCCGCGCCUCGUGCGCGCGCCGGUGCUCGCGAACAGGCGCCGCCGCCGCCGCGCCGGCACCGCGCCGCCCGCGCCGCCGGACCCACCCGACACGCCUGUUGCGACGUUUGCCCGUGCACCUACCUGCCCAGCAAAUGAAGUGUAUUCAACUUGUAUCCAAAGCAGCUGCACUGCCAGGAACUGUAGCCAGCUCGGAAAGCCGGUGCCUUGUAUAAAAAUAGACCCGAAGUAUUGUAUUAAGGGCUGCGUCUGCAAGGAGGGAUACUUGAGGAACGCAAAAGGAAUUUGUGUGCCUAAAGACCAGUGCAACACCCCUACCUGCCCAGCAAACGAAGUGUAUUCAACUUGUAUCCAAAGCAGCUGUACUGCCAGGAACUGUAGCCAGCUCGGGAAGCCGGUGCCUUGUAUAAAAAUAGACCCGAAGUAUUGCAUUAAGGGGUGCGUCUGCAAGGAGGGGUACUUGAGGAACGCAAAAGGAAUUUGUGUACCUAAAGACCAGUGCAACACCCCUACCUGCCCAGCAAAUGAAGUGUAUUCAACUUGUAUCCAAAGCAGCUGCACUGCCAGGAACUGUAGCCAGCUCGGGAAGCCGGUGCCUUGUAUAAAAAUAGACCCGAAGUAUUGUAUUAAGGGCUGCGUCUGCAAGGAGGGAUACUUGAGGAACGCAAAAGGAAUUUGUGUGCCUAAAGACCAGUGCAACACCCCUACCUGCCCAGCAAACGAAGUGUAUUCAACUUGUAUCCAAAGCAGCUGUACUGCCAGGAACUGUAGCCAGCUCGGGAAGCCGGUGCCUUGUAUAAAAAUAAACCCGAAGUAUUGCAUUAAGGGGUGCGUCUGCAAGGAGGGGUACUUGAGGAAUGCAAAAGGAAUUUGUGUACCUAAAGACCAGUGCAACACCCCUACCUGCCCAGCAAAUGAAGUGUAUUCAACUUGUAUCCAAAGCAGCUGCACUGCUAGGAACUGUAGCCAGCUCGGGAAGCCGGUGCCUUGUAUAAAAAUAGACCCGAAGUAUUGUAUUAAGGGCUGCGUCUGCAAGGAGGGAUACUUGAGGAACGCAAAAGGAAUUUGUGUGCCUAAAGACCAGUGCAACACCCCUACCUGCCCAGCAAAUGAAGUGUAUUCAACUUGUAUCCAAAGCAGCUGCACUGCUAGGAACUGUAGCCAGCUCGGGAAGCCGGUGCCUUGUAUAAAAAUAGACCCGAAGUAUUGUAUUAAGGGCUGCGUCUGCAAGGAGGGAUACUUGAGGAACGCAAAAGGAAUUUGUGUACCUAAAGACCAGUGCAACACCCCUACCUGCCCAGCAAACGAAGUGUAUUCAACUUGUAUCCAAAGCAGCUGCACUGCCAGGAACUGUAGCCAGCUCGGGAAGCCGGUGCCUUGUAUAAAAAUAGACCCGAAGUAUUGCAUUAAGGGGUGCGUCUGCAAGGAGGGGUACUUGAGGAACGCAAAAGGAAUUUGUGUACCUAAAGAUCAGUGCAACACCCCUACCUGCCCAGCAAACGAAGUGUAUUCAACUUGUAUCCAAAGCAGCUGCACUGCCAGGAACUGUAGCCAGCUCGGGAAGCCGGUGCCUUGUAUAAAAAUAGACCCGAAGUAUUGGAUUAAGGGCUGCGUCUGCAAGGAGGGGUACUUGAGGAACGCAAAAGGAAUUUGUGUGCCCAAUGACCAGUGCAACACCCCUACCUGCCCAGCAAACGAAGUGUAUUCUGCUUGUAUCCAAAGCAGCUGUACUGCCAGGAACUGUAGCCAGCUCAGGAAGCCGGUGCCUUGUAUAAAAAUAGACCCGAAGUAUUGCAUUAAGGGGUGCGUCUGCAAGGAGGGGUACUUGAGGAACGCAAAAGGAAUUUGUGUGCCUAAAGACCAGUGCAACACCCCUACCUGCCCAGCAAACGAAGUGUAUUCAACUUGUAUCCAAAGCAGCUGUACUGCCAGGAACUGUAGCCAGCUCGGGAAGCCGGUGCCUUGUAUAAGAAUAGACCCGAAGUAUUGUAUUAAGGGGUGCGUCUGCAAGAACGGGUACUUGAGGAACGCAAAAGGAAUUUGUGUGCCUAAAGACCAGUGCAACAGUAAGUUUGGUUUUUAUGGCCAUACAGCAUAG